CAUAAUAUACUCAAAUGAAGAAGAAUACAUCUGUUUUGUGACGUCAUUACACUGCGCCUCACAGAAAUCUCUGAAAGCGUGUCAGAGGGUGGGUGAUUGCAGUCUCCAAGAAUGUCUCGUCGAUAUGAUUCACGAACAACCAUCUUCUCACCAGAAGGUCGUCUGUACCAGGUUGAAUAUGCCAUGGAAGCCAUCGGCCAUGCUGGCACCUGCCUGGGAAUCUUAGCCAAAGAUGGAGUGCUUCUGGCUGCGGAGAGGAGGAACAUCCACAAACUGCUGGAUGAAGUGUUUUUCUCAGAGAAAAUCUAUAAGCUGAAUGAAGACAUGGCAUGCAGUGUGGCAGGAAUUACAUCAGAUGCCAACGUCUUGACCAAUGAGCUGAGGCUUAUAGCACAGAGAUACCUACUGCAGUACCAGGAGCCAAUCCCCUGUGAGCAGCUGGUCACAGCAUUGUGUGACAUCAAACAGGCCUACACACAGUUUGGAGGAAAGCGUCCGUUUGGAGUCUCCCUGCUCUACAUGGGCUGGGAUAAACACUACGGCUUCCAGCUCUACCAGAGUGACCCAAGUGGUAACUAUGGAGGCUGGAAGGCCACCUGCAUCGGAAACAUCGGAAACAACAGUGCUGCAGCUGUCUCUAUGCUGAAGCAGGACUACAAGGAGGGAGAGAUGACCCUUUCCUCAGCACUUGCCCUUGCCAUUAAAGUUCUCAAUAAAACCAUGGAUGUCAGCAAGCUGUCUGCAGAGAAAGUGGAAAUCGCAACAUUGACCCGCGAGAAUGGCAAGACCUGCAUCAAGGUGCUGAAGCUGAAGGAGGUGGAGGAGCUGAUCAAGAAGCACGAGGCAGAAGAGGCCAAAGCAGAGAAACACAAGAAAGAGAAAGAACAGAAAGAGAAGGACAAGUAAUGAUGGCUAUGUACACAUUUUGUGUGAGUUUGAAUGUUUGUGUCUGAGAUUGAGUAUGUUUACAUGUGCUGGUUUUUUAAAAAUAAAUUCAAAUGGUAAAUCACUGACUUCAUUUGGUUUCCUAGCUAUUUUUUAAUCAGUUUCAUGUGAGCUAUGUUGUAAUAUCUGGCUUGUAAACAGUUGAAACAUUUUUAAACCACUCUAAAACCAUCCCAAAGUGAAGUGAUUUACCCAACCUGGGCUAUAACUAAAGAAUCUUGAAUAAAAAUCAUACUUUUUUUUUCCAACACCCACAGCUGUUAUUUCUCAUUCCAUUAUUUUUAAUUUAUCUGGCUCUUGUCUGAGCUAUGUUUUGUACAGUAAUACAUAGAGCUUUACAUUGUAAAUUAAUUACCUAAUUUGUGUCAAAAUUCUAAUUUAAUUCUUGACCUUGGAAACUGAAGCUGAUGAAGUAAACUCACCACAGGGUCCAUUAAGUAGCAGCUCAACAACAGCUGAGUAGUCAGCUACCUCAUCUGAGCAAGUAUGAAAAGAUUCAUACUUGCU